AAUUUUGUUUUAAUACUGAACACACUCAACGACGUAUGUAAAUUUUAGCACGUCUGUGUUUGUAUCGAUUAUCGUUGGACGGGUAUUCUUUCGGCCGUAAUAAAUAAAACCAAAUUCUAAGUGAGAAAAUGCUGACCAAAACUAAUUUGCUGUUAGCUCGUAACUUAACAAAGUCCAUGGUGAGGUUUCAUGGUCACGGUGGUAUACCUGGUGAGAACAUACCUUUCAGUCUGCAAAAUCGUUAUCGCAUAACUGGUGUUUUUACUGUAUUCACUGUUUUGGGCUUUGGUUCACCUUUCCUGAUCGUCAGACAUCAAUUGCUCAAGAAGUAAUCAAUGACAUCACUAAAAGAUAAUCUAAACUGGCUUAAAGAUAAUGUCACAAAAUCCAGUAAUGUCGAGUGGUUGCUGUAAAUCAGAUUAGGCCAUAAGUAAAAAAGUGUAUAUGCAACAAAUAUAAGAAAAUUAUCAAUAGGAAAAAAAAAA